UGUCAAAAUAAUGUUUUCGUCAGUCUAGUCUAACCUCAGAUUUUUAUGAAAUACGUGGCCCUAUUUUACAGGAAUACUCUGUUUUUAUUUUCAAUUCGAAUCCAUAGUAUUUACUCAAAAUGUUGCUAAAAAUAGGUUGUAUUUGUCUCUUAGUUUUUUAUUUUACCACACAAAGUUCAGCCUAUUUUGUAACAGUUGACGCUCAUGCUGAAGAAUGUUUUUUCGAUAAAGUAGAAGAGGGAACAAAAAUGGGUUUAACAUUCGAAAUAGCAGAAGGUGGAUUUCUUGAUAUUAAUGUAAGAAUUAUGGGACCAAAUGGUGAACUUAUCCAUGAAGGUGUUGGUGAAACUCAUGGAAAAUAUACAUUCACAGCUAAUACACCUGGUGUAUACACCUAUUGUUUUUCAAAUAAGAUGUCUACUCUGACUCCCAAAGUUGUUAUGUUCAAUAUGGCAAUCGGUGAAGCCAGAAGCCAAGCAAAAGCUGAUGGUGAAACUACCAAUAAACUUGAAGAUAUGAUAAGAGAACUAAGCUCUUCAUUGACUGGUGUUAAGCAAGAGCAAGAAUAUAUGGCUGUGAGGGAUAGGAUUCAUAGGAGUAUAAAUGAAAGUACCAAUUCAAGGGUAGUGUUAUGGUCAUUUUUUGAAGCCCUCAUAUUAGUAGCAAUGACUGCCGGACAAGUUUACUACCUCAAGAGAUUCUUCGAAGUGAGAAGAGUUGUUUAAUGAAAAAUGUCAGAACUGAUAGACUAACUUAUCAAAACAAACGUUUGUAAUAAUCAUUUGGUUUUCGAAAAUGUAUUUUGUUUUACCAGAUAAAAAAAGAAAUCAAGAGAUAUUCUUUUAUAUUUCAGUUUGUGAAAUUCUCUAUUGAAAAGAAAAUUAGAAAAUUUGUUGAUAAUUUAUAUUGUUUUCAAUUUAUAUAAGAUAUGGCAAAAAAUUCAUCUUUCACACCAGACUCAAAACUCAUUCAGGUAAAUACACAUCUCGAAAUAAUUAUUAAAGGUGAUAAAUGAAAUCAGUCAAAUACAUACUAUGCCUUCUAUCAAGGAACUUCCAUACUACUUUGAUAUAUUACUACCAACCACUGAAAUUUGUUUUCGAUAUAUUGAAUAAGUUAAGAAUAAAUGUGUGAAAUUUG